AUGAUACAAGGACAACUUCGAAUUGACAAACUUCCAUUGUUAAUGAAAAAUAUACAAGGUCAGUCUGCAAGUAUAAAAAAAUGUCAUAAAGACUCAGAAGCCAGUGUCAAAGCUAGUUAUAUCAUAGCACAAAAAAUUGCAGCUAAAUUGAAGCCGUUCACUGAUGGUGAAUUGAUAAAAGAGUGUAUGGAGGCCGCCUCUGAAAUUUUAUGUCCAGAACAAAAACAACUUUUUCCAAAUUGA